AUGCCCAAGUAUGCUAAAUUCUUAAAAGAACCCCUUUCUAACAAGAGGAAGCUUGAGGAAAUGUCAAUGGUGCAAUUGUUAGAAAAGAGUUCAACAAUCAUUCAAAGAAGAUUACCAAAGAAAUUAAAAGACCUAAGAAUUUUUACUAUUCCUUACUUUAUUGGUAAUCUAAAUGUUGAUAAUGUACUAGCCGAUUUGGGGGCUAGCAUUAGUGUUAUGCCUUAUAAAUUGUUCAAGAAAUUAUGGAUGGGAGAACCUAAACCAACACUCAUGAGCAUUCAAGUAGCUGAUAAAUCUAUUGUAUACCCUAGGGGUAUCAUUGAGGACUUAUUGGUUAAGGUUCAGGGGGUUAUUUUUUCUGUGGAUUUUGUAGUUAUGGAUAUGGAUGAAUCUAUUGAUGUCUCCCUUAUUUUAGAAAGACCCUUCCUUGCUACAGCUAGAGCCAUCAUUGAUGUUCAUGAUGGUAAGCUCAUUAUUAGGGUAGGGGAAGAGCAAGUGACAUUUCAGAUCCCUAAUGCCAUGAAACAUCCACUUGUACUUUAUGACAUGGAUGUUAGUAAUGAUAGAGUUGAACGUGAGACUGAACAAAAGAAAUGUGAGAUGCCAGGAGCUCUGGAGCAGCUAGCCUACCUUGAGGCAGCAAAGCCAAUGAGAAAGUAG